ACCUGCCGCGUGUCCCAUAAGCGCCUGCGCGCGGAGCACCGCCCUCUCUCAGCGGGGCCUGCGGUGGAGGCGCCAUCGGCACCGCCACCAUGCCCGCCCUCAGGCCGCUCGUGAAACCCAAGAUCGUCAAGAAGAGAACCAAGAAGUUYAUCCGGCACCAGUCUGACCGCUAUGUCAAGAUCAAGCGCAACUGGCGCAAACCCAGAGGUAUCGACAACAGAGUGCGCCGGCGCUUCAAGGGGCAGAUCCUGAUGCCCAACAUCGGCUAUGGCAGCAAUAAGAARACAAAACACAUGCUGCCCACGGGCUUCAGAAAGUUCCUGGUGCACAACGUGAAAGAGCUGGAAGUGCUGAUGAUGAGCAACAAGUCGUACUGUGCAGAGAUCGCCCACAACGUGUCCUCAAAGAACAGGAAGGUGAUUGUGGAAAGAGCUGCACAGCUUGCCAUCAAGAUCACCAACCCCAAUGCCAGACUGCGCAGCGAGGAGAACGAGUAACAGCCUCUGCAGCCCAGAUGUAUUUAAUAAAAUGUUUGUCCAACUUGG